AUGAACGGAAUCAAGAAGGUCUUUUCGCACCGCAGCUCGCAGGACGGCUCCGAGUCGUCGUCGUCGCCCACCUCGCCCCAGUCGCAGCAGUCGAACCUGUCUUCGACGGGCCGCACCUCGGUUGACUCGCAGGAGCGCGCACCCAACAGCAAGAGCACCGCCGGCGGCCUCGGCUUGACGAGCGAGUCGGGCGCCAAGAGCACCACCACGGGCGGCAACACAACCAACAUGAAUGGCGCCGCUGCUGGCUCCAAGGUCGGCACCGGUCUUGGCCGCUCCGCCGAUGUCUCGACGGCCGACGGCAGCAUGCGUCACUCGCACGGCCACAACCUCGGCACGACGGACCUGAGCAAGGGCAAGGUCACCCAGACGGUUGAGCACCUUGGCGAGAAGACGUCGCGCACCCACCACACGCACAACAUUGAGGAGGUCGAGCGCCAGCGCGAGCUCGAGAGACACCAGCACCACAUCCAGGUCCACCACCAGCCCAUUGCCCACGAGACGCACGAGGCCGAGAAGCUGCACAACAAGGCCCACCCCGUCACCAACAUCUACGAGAAGCAUGCCUCGACGGACAAGGAUGCCAAGCUCCUCUCUACGGUGGCUCACUCGCACGGCCACAAGGACGAGUUGAAGCAUGCUCCCGUUAUCCACCAGAUCGUGGAUCGGGGCGAGAAGGUCAACGAGACGGUGCACCACCACAUCCACAACGUCGUUGUGCCCCUCGUUAACCACGAGAGCCACGAGCACCACCGCAUCAAGACGACGAUCCCCACCAGCCACGUCGUCCACGAGGCCCCCAUCAUCCACGAGUCGGCCCGCCUGGAGCCGCUGUCCAAGGAAGAGUACCUCAAGCGCGGCGGCAUCCUCGGCUCCAAGAAGACCGACGUUGGCGAGGCCAACCUCCUCCACUCGGGCACCUGCGAGCGCAAGGUCGACGGUGUUGCCGAGAAGCUUGCAGAGGAGCUC